UUUUUCCCUCAAUAUGGGUGGUUUUUAGUUUUGAUUUUCAUCACUAGACUCGUCCCAUUUGGCUAGUUUGCAGGGAGAAAGGAUUGGAUCCCCUGGUGCUUGAUCACGACUUCGACGGAGAGAGUGCAUUCACCAUCGUCACCAGGAGUUGUGUGUGGUCCAUCGACACCUCUUUUGUGGGCUUUUACUUGUUGGAGCUGCCCAAGAUCCACCCCACUGCUACUGUCAAUGCAGUGUUGUUGAGCUUAUUAAGUCUAUUGUCACUGCUGCACUGGAAGUGGGUUAGACGAUAGUCGUCAGAUCCCUCUCUAUUCUGUUCCUGUUCCUGGUUGGUCAUAUUCACUCUUUGGUGCUAUGACAUUGCGUUUGUUUUUUUCGAGAGAUGUGGCUGUAUGCCGAAGUUUGGAUGUUUCUUCCGAAAUUGGAACUCUAUCACGUUUCUUCUGUUCCUGUGCCGUCUUGAUUUCAUUAGUUGGGUUCAUGCUCUCCUAUUUUUUGAGCAUUUAGUUUAGUCCUUGAGAGCGCUUCUCUCGUCACAAAGACGGUUUUCUUCUUCUGCAUGUAGAUCUCACGCUGACCUUGUAUAGUAUUGCUCUGUAGUUUUGGUUGUGAUGCACUUCAAUUCCUGGUUUGCAUCAUCUCACCCGAAGGAUCACUUCAUUCGAGUCUUUUGCAACCCUUCUUGUGAGCCUUUACCUAGUCAGGACAAAAGAUUGCGUGAAAGGGCAACCAGUAGACUUGGAAUGCUGAAAGGAUACAUCUUGCGAAGCAGGGACUAUGGCGGUUUCCCCAAUUUCGAGAACCUCUCGGAACACUUCAAAUGCAGCUCUGGCAGUAGUGGUGGCGAUACCCGCAUUCAUCUUCCAGUGGGCAUUCCUGCAUCGCUGUCCUGAUGGAUCGUCAAAGCAGGAAGAUAGUUGGCGAUGGAGCAGAGUGUGUGAAUGGGGAAGAAACUCUCCUUUGGGCCUUGUCAACGCCAUCUUCUUUCUCAACGUUAGUGUGUUAUUUUGGGUUGUCAGCCUUGUCCAGGAAAGCACUUGGUUGAUUGACCCAUAUUGGACUAUUAUACCGGUUAUGAUAGGCUACUUUUUUCGUACACACCCAAGAGCCGAGAGCGACCCGUGGCGAUCAAGAGCAGUUAUGAGCCUACUCUGGGUUUGGAGUAUCCGCUUGACACAUUCCUAUUUCCGCAGAGAGAAUUGGCAAUGGGGUGAAAGGGAGGACUGGCGAUUCUCGCAGCUUCGAAAACAACACUCAAAGCAUUGGUGGUGGAUGUCUUUCUUUGCAGCCUAUCUUUCACAGCAGAUUUUUCUCGUCGGCAUCUGUCUUCCUCUUUAUGCUGUUCACUCCAAACAGACGCCCUGGAACACCUGGGACACAAUCGCAUGUUUUUUAUGUGCAACAGGCAUUGUACUAGCCUACUUCGCUGACACACAACUUCAUAUGUUCAUGUCAAAAAACCAAAACCUUAGAGACCUCGGAGCCCCUCCCAUCCCUGUUUUACAAGAAGGCGUGUGGAGGUAUUCACGUCAUCCAAACUAUGUGGGUGAGCAGCUGUGGUGGUGGGGUUUAGCCUUGUUUGCCUGGAAUCUUCAGCAAGGUUGGAUGGCCGCAGGGGCUGCAGUGAAUUCUGCAUGCCUUGCAUAUGUGACGGUUUUAGUCGAGAGAAAGAUGUUGGAGAAGUCAAGCAGGGCUAGUACUUAUCGCAGAUACCAAGAGACCACCUCUGUAUGGAUACCGUGGAUAAAGUUCAAUGCAGCAAAGAAAACUCUAUAACAGUGCAAUGGAAAGUGUUCUUCGCUACUUGUUUGUUGCCUUCUGA